GGUUUAUCUUUAUAGUGAAGGGUUGCAGGGUCUUCGAGCCAUCUAAAACGAAUUUCUGGAACUCAAAUAAUUUCUCUAGAAUUGAUGGUUUUGUCGUGUCAAAAUUUCUCCGAGAAUCUUUCUCAAUUUUCCACACGGUCGGGGAUGAGCUCGUAUCAUCUACCUAUGCGACCCUCCGUACCGACCCGAGCAGAUGAAAUUCAUAAUAAUGCAGAGGGAGCCGCUUACAUGGACCACUUUCUAAAUAUCCCAGAUAUAUGUCCCCCUGGGUCAGACUACAGGUCCCGGGGGUACUACAUGGGAUCCUACCCAGAGGCUUGCCGAAUGGAAGCACUGCAAUCACAUCAUCGCAAUCAUGACUUUUCAAGAAUGGGUUUAGCGGGUGCCAGGACCUCUUAUUUCCAAAAUAUGAAUCUUCCUGGGAGUCUCCGAUUCAGGGAGAAUGUAUCGGAGGGAAUUGUCAACAAUGCAUCGUCUAAUAACAACAAGAAUGAGCCCAUUAGUCCGUGCUCUACAGGGACCCCAACAACGGGAGAAGGAGACACCCCUCCCUCAUUUUAUCCCUGGAUGUCAAUUGUUGGCCCAAACUCCAAUCAACGCCGCAGGGGACGACAGACGUACACCAGAUUUCAGACACUAGAACUCGAGAAAGAAUUCAAAUUCAAUAGAUAUCUCACAAGGAGGAGGAGAAUAGAACUAUCUCAUAUGUUGUGUUUGACGGAAAGACAAAUCAAAAUAUGGUUUCAAAAUAGACGAAUGAAGGAGAAAAAAGAACUUCAAGCCAUAAAGGAACUGAAUGAACAGAGUCGUGUUCCGGAACCUAAGACCAGAGUGACCCCCGAUCCGCCCUCGCCUAGCGAAACCAGCAAGAGUUGACAUAAGUAAUGUGUUCCUAUUAAGGGUAGCUACCUCUUUCUCCUGAUAUCAUUGUGUGUUAAAAUCGUCCGCGAGUUCUAAAAUGCAAGCGAACUUUAAGAAGGAAUAUGGCAGCGAUAUUCUAAAAACUAAUAGAAAGAACUAGAAAAGGACAACUUGGAGAAAUAAAAAGAAGGUAUUAAAAUGAACUUGGAUAACUUUUGAUAAAAGUUAAAACAUGACUAUUUUUCAAUCCCACUUUCAAAACGAGAAAAAGGUCGAAAGACAACAAAAUUAUCCAGUCUUUAACGAGAAGGAGAUUUACAAGCUAUUUAUGACGUCAUUUUUUUUCUGUUUAGUUACAUUUAUGUACAUGUAUUAUAUAUUCGGAUAUAUAUUUAAUAUAUCAACUGGUCCACGUUCAUAGUGUCCUACAUGUGCUGUUUACAAUAAUUUUAGCGUUUUUUUUUUCUUAGAGUUACAAGAUGGGUAAAAUCUUUACUGUUUUAUAAUUUUACAUACAUUUAUAUAUUACAUAUUCGGAUGUAUAUUUCUUAUAUCAACAUGUUUUUGUCUUCGGUUCCUCAACUGUGCUGUUAAUGAUAAUGUUGGCGUUCAUUUCUUAAGGAUAAAUGGGUAAUAAUUUACAGUAAGUAUACAAAAUUUACGACAUCUAUUUACAAACGCAAUCAUAUGAUUAGAAAUUUUGUACACUGAAGACUACUGGUCAAUAUCGAUUUACAUACCUCCAUUUUUAUGCCAAAAUUUGUUUUUGUUAAAUUGGCAUUCUGUAUAAAUAUAUUUUUUUUUCUCAGAACACGUAGUAGAUAACUUCAUUUAAUAAUUUUAUUAUUUCAGUAAUUCAGUUUUGUUAUUCACUUUUAAGAAAAACCUAUGCAAAAUGGCGAUGGUUUAUAUAUAUGAAAGAGAACAGAAUUAUUAUUAAUCUGUGAGUUACUUAAAGCAGACAGUUUUAGUGAUAGAUUAGUUAAUUGAUUGGAAUGGGUAUAGUCUAUUGUCAGAGGUUUGGUUUGACCAAGACUAAGUCAUAUAAAGUCUGGUCACUUGACCAAAUUAAUGGAAAAAUGUCCAUCUUCUGGACAGCACUGACAAGCUAUUAAUUAUUAUUAUAAUGAUACAGCAUAUCUUUCAUUAAUACCUAAGAUAUCGACAGUGGUGUGACUUUAGACAUUUUUAUAGGCUGUAAAAAUCACGAUAUUUCGGAUUAUUUCCUCAUUAUAUCAAUUUGUAAUAUAUUGACUAUCAUUGCUUUUUCCCCUUUUCAUUCUGCAAAAAUUGCUCAUGUAUAUGUUUAUUUUCUUUUCUCUCUCUCUUUUUUUUUUUUUACAAUGCCUUAUAUAUGUGAACGAGAAUUUGCAAAAACGAGAACUAUUUCGAGCCAUUAUUAUGUUAUGAUUAUAUAUGAUACAAGUCUUGAUGUUGUAUGAAUGAAAUAUGUUUUAUGUGACAUAAACUAUGUGCUUGUGUCAAAAUAUUGGCACAGUCAGAACGAGAACUGCAAUAAAAUGUUGUUAUACUUUAA